GCGAACCUCACUUGCAUCUCACCACACAAGCAGUACACACACACAAGCUAGCCACAGCUCGACCAGCACGUUUCAGCUAGCAAAGCCAGGAGAGUCAACAGCGAAGAUGGCCUCCCUCACCGUCUCGCAGACGACACCGGCGGCCGGCAACGCCAACAAGCAGCGCGAGGGCGCGGAGAUCAUCACAGGCGCCGAGGCGUGCUACGAGCACUCCAAGGAGCUCCUCAAGGGGCUGGGGUUCCCGGGCGGGGUGAUGCCGCUGCGCGGGCUGGACGAGUGCGGGCUGGUGCGGGAGACCGGCUACGUGUGGAUGCGGCAGGGGAAGCCCUACGAGCACCACUUCCGCGCCACGGGCACCCGGGUGCGCUACGACGCCGAGGUGACGGCGUACGUGGAGGAAGGGCGGAUGAAGCGGAUGACCGGGGUCCGGAGCAAGCAGAUGAUGCUCUGGGUGCCCAUCGUCGAGAUGAGCCUCGACGGCGCCGACAAGGUCUACUUCAAGUCCAACGUCGGCAUCGGUCGCUCCUUCCCCGCCGCCGCCUUCGCCGACGAGGACGACCCUGCCGCCGCCGCCGCCACCGAGGCCAACGCCAAGCAGUGAUCGAUCGACGUCCCGGCGUUCAUACUAUGGUUUGUGCUGGUGCCUAUAGUACCUGUCUGUGAUACGACUAUACGAGUGAUCUGCGGUGCACGCAUUGGCAUGAGUACGUACGUGUGGUGCGUCUCGUGCGUGGAGUAUCUUUUUAUUUUGCGAGUUUGCUUCCAUUAAUUUUUAUUACCAACGAUGUAAUGCUACGUGAAUAUUCAAUAAUCGAUCAAGUCUUUGUUA